AAAGAAUUCAAAAGUAUCUUUAAACAAAGUUAGUUUAUUUUUAAUAAUUUUUUUCUCUCAGCAAAUCGGGAGUUAAAUGGGUUAGCACUUAAGUGGGUUUUACUGUACCAAAAUAUAUGAAAAUGUAUUCUUCCAAAUAACUUUUCAGUCAUUUGAUACCUAUUUGAUGUGAAAAAUGGGCCCAAAUCGCUAUUUUUUAGACCAAAUUACCGCACUGUGUGCCAAUAAGACAUGUUAUAGGCAAUUGAAAUGUCCCUUCACUUCGCACUUUCUUCUAAAUGCUUCACAUAGCCUAAAAAUAGGUAAAGUAUACAACGGAAAUUUCUCAUAAAAAGUAUUUUUAAAGUAUGACUGUGACUUGUAUUUUUUUUCUUUUAUUCACCUUUUCACUUUCUUAAUACUUUUUGUUUUUUUCUACUUUUUUUUUCAUAUCGUUCCAGCAGAUGAGAUGGUCGACUUGAGUUUAGUUAAAACUGAACUCAUUGAAGAUGAUUACAGUGAAUACAAUAUGUGCAAUCCCUUGGACUUUGUUAAAACAAAACUAGAACCACCAACACCAUCAAGAUCAAGAGAUAAUAAUAGUUUCAAAACUCCACGAUCAGCUCCAAGUCAAAAACGCAAAAAAAUGUACACCCCCCGUAAGCAUUGGCAAAAUUCUCUAAACACAUCAUUGCCAACUACGAUGAAUAUGGAUCAAAGUGGACGUUCGAUAAUGAUAAAUAAUGAAGUAUUUCAUCGAUCGCAAUUGUAUAAAGAAACUCUUACGUUGGGACAGAGAAUUGCCAUAGCAAGAAUUUUAAGCGCAAUCGAAUCCCUACGGUCACUUAUAAUUGCUAACAUGAAUGAAACAAAACUUCUCCGUGCAGACAUAGAAAAGCUUAAAACCAAAUACGGAGCUACUCCGGAGAGUGAAUUGAUUGAAGUUGUACCAUGCGUUCAAGUUUUAGAUAUUCCAUGCGAUACACUUGAUGGUUUCUUGGCAUUUGAGGCUAAACUUCAAGAUGAUAUGCCAACAUAUUAUGCUUUGGAAAGUUUACUAAACAAAAUGCCAUACAUAACAUUGCAAAAAUAUUUAAGUGGUUGUCUGAGAUACUGUAUUGCUGAUCCAGUGGCAAAAAUAUGCUCAUGGGACGGAAAGAAUAACAAUUUCGCAGUUGGAGAAUUCACGUUGAUGAGUAUAAUUUCAGAAUGUGCACGAAAGAAAUUCCCGGAAACAAGAACUUGCGACAUCGUUACAGUAAUGAGAAAAUGGUUCCAUUACGCCAAGGAUCGUACUCGUAAGAAGAAGAAGAAAAAUACUUCGUAAUUUUUUUUUUUUUGCAAAACAAAAAUGUCUUUUUCAUAAGCAUUUCAAUUUUUAAUUUUUAAAUUGGUGGAACUUAUAAGUUUCCUUUUUUUUCUUAUUCCUUAUCAACUACUUUUUGUGAAUUAUGUUCUUACUUUGUUCAAAUAAAUUUGUUUCAUUAU